AUGAAGCCCAGCAAGUCAAUUAGGGUCCAGAAAGGUAUAAGAUCAGUAGAAGCGAAUAUUGCUUCGUAUGGGAACAAAUUAAGUGUUGAGUUUUUGUAUGUUAAGCCUGAGUCAGGCUUACUUGAACAAGAGAGAAGAUCUCAUAAGAGAUCGAGCCAGAACCCUUUAACUGCAGGUAAUUCUGUCGGGAAAAACGAUUCUGAAGCUAUGAACACAACUGAGAAACUCGAAGAGGGAUACUCAACACAAAUACCUCCAAUGUUUAGUGGCAAAUACUAUUCAUACUGGAGAAACAGGAUGGAGAUCUUUAUCAAAGCUGAGAACUAUCAAGUAUGGAGAGUCAUUGAAGUUGGAGACUUCCAAGUCACCAAGCUAAACACCUCUGGUGAAACCGUUCCUAAACCGAUUGCUGAAUUUGACAAAGCCGACUAUGAAAAGCUCGAACUUAAUGCCAUGGCUGUCAAAAUUCUUCACUGUGGACUAGGACCUAAUGAGCACAAUAGAGUAAUGGGAUGCAAAAAUGCGAAGCAAAUAUGGGAUCUGCUCCAAGUCACUCAUGAAGGAACAAAUGAAGUCAAAAGAUCAAAGAUUGAUCUUUUAAUGCACCAAUAUGAAAUGUUCACCAUGAAACCUUCUGAAACAAUUCAAGACAUGAUCACCCGCUUCACUAACAUCAUCAAUGAAUUGAACUCUCUGGGCAAAAUCAUAACCCAUGAGGAACAAGUUAGAAAAGUUCUAAGAAGUCUUCCUCAAGAUCCCUGGAUGGCCAAGGUAACUGCCCUGCAGGAAACUAAAGACUUUACCAAGUUUAACCUGGAACAACUAGCUGGAUCCCUCCUGACUCAUGAACUGCAACUAAAUGCACGACCUUCAGAGAAUAACAAAAAUAGGGCUCUUGCUCUAAAAACUGAGAAUGAUGAAAACUCUAAAGAAGAUGAGGAAACUGCUCUAUUUGCUAGGAGAUUCAGAAGAAUGUUCAGGAACUAUAAAGAUGGAGAUUACCGAGGGAAACCUAACCGGAAAUUCUCCAAAACUGAUACUGGAUGCCAUAAGUGUGGAAACUUGGAACAUCGCAUCAGGGAAUGCCCUCUCUGGUAUCAAGAACGAGGAAAAGGAAAGGAAACAACCAAAGACAGAUUCAAAGAGAACAGAAACUCAUUCUCCAAAACUGACGUAAGAAAGGCCAUGAUUGCCGCAUGGGGAGACACUUCUUCGGAUGAGGAACAGGAACAACCCAACGAAGAAACAGCUCACCUACGCCUUGUAGCUGAACAUGAAGAAGAUGGAUCUGACUCAGAAUCUGAAAAAUUCCAGGCAAGUCUCACUCAAAUUAAAAAUAAACUUGAAUCUCUUUCAAAAUUAGAAUUGUUUGAUCUACUUUCCUGUCUCACUAGUGAUUAUGAGGAUCUACUGAAAGAAAAGUUAGACUCUGAUAAAGAACACCAGACCACCAUAAAAGAACUUAGGAAUGAGCUAGAAUGGACAAAAAAUACUAACAUAGAUAUAGACAAACGGUUCUUUAACCUCUUUGAUCAGAACCUCCACAUAAAAGAAAUCUGUGAAGCCUUACGAAGUGAAAACAUCUGGCUAAAACAAGAACUAAUUGAUCUAGAAGUGACCAAGACUAAAAACCUUUACAAAGAUGAACUAGAAAGAACUCAACUGGAACUAGUUAAGAUUCACCAAGAAAAGACCAAACUAGAAGAUGAACUAGCUAGAAAGACUAGACACAAAAUAGAAGGAACACCUAAAUGGAUAGAAGAAGCUAGAACCAAACGCACAGAAGGACUAGGUUUCAACCAUAAGAAACGUCAAUCUAGAAAGACUAGAGUAGAUCUCUAUAGUGACAUAAUAUGCUCCUUCUGUGGCCUAAUUGGUCAUUACAGAAACACUUGUCCCAAAAACCAACGAAGCUUGGAAAAGAACAUAGAACACACCAGGACUAAAUGGGUAAAGAAAAGCGAUUUGAUUCCAAGCAAGGAACCCAAGCUAUGCUGGGUUCCUAAAAACUCUAACUAA